AUGCCUUUGUUGAUGCAUCAAAAAAUACGCUGCCGGAUGACUAACAGAAAUAGCACCCAGUCGUUUUUGGUGUUUUCAAAAUCUCGGCUCUGUCCUGUAAAAGGACAAUCCAUCCCACGUUUGGAACUAUCAGCCGCAUUAAUUGGAUGCAGAGCUCUAAAUUUUGUCGUCAGACAGGCACAACAACCUACCGAGUUACACAUAUGGAGUGAUUCCCUGUGUGUUUUGCAUUGGAUAGAAUCAGUUAAACCAAAUCCGGAACGAUUUGUGGAAAAUCGUUUAAUAGAAACUCGAAAGUCAUCAACUGUCUUUCAUUACGUUUCGAGCAGCCACAAUCCAGCCGACAUAGCAACCAGGUGGAUUUUACCACAUGAUUUGAAAAACGAACAGUUAUACUGGACGGGACCGACAUGGUUAGCAAAAGAAAAGGUUGAAUGGCCGCAGUGGUCACCUUCAAGAAGAACUGAACAUCAUGAACUGGAAACGAAGAUUUUGAGUAUUCAGGACAAAGAAGUGAACCUUGGCAUACAGAGAGAAGUUGUAGAAAUUAAGAAGUAUGCUAUACAUGAACUCUUUGAUGUCAAUAGAUAUGGUAGCUGGUACAAAUAUCUACAUGUGAUCAUAUAUGUACUGCGUUUUAUUAAACUCACUUCAAGCAACAAAGUCGGCAGUACUAAGCAAGUAUCAUCCAGCGGUGUCAUUACACCUGAAGAAUCCAAAAUUGCGGAAAAGAUUGCUUUUCGCGAGGUGCAAAACUCUGUGGAAAAUAAAACCGAAGAAAAGGAAAAAUGGCAGCUCUGUAAGGAUAUUCCACAGGGCCGAUCAACUGUUAAAAAGGCAAUCAAGGAUUGUAUGUUCUGUAAACGAUGGUUAGCAAAGCCAUUUUGUUUGCCAUUAAUGCCGCCCUGUCUGACGACAAGAGUCAAUAGCAUACACACUCUCCAAUACGUUGGACUAGACUAUCUAAACCCCAUUAAUAUAAGAGACGGAAAUGCAAUACAGAAAAGAUGGAUCUGCUUAUUCACUUGUUUGUCAGCUAGAGCAGUACAUCUGAAGUUGUCAGCCGAAGCAUUUCUCCACUGUUUGCGAAGAUUCGUGGCUCGACGGUGUGUUCCGAAGGAAAUUAUAAGCGAUAAUGCUUCACAGUUUACAUUCGUACAAAAAACGAUCGAAAGUUACUGCAGUAAGCAACGAAUCAAAUGGAAAUUUAUCACCGAACAUGCGCCGUAGCA